ACACUGUGAUGGAGACUCCACUUGAGAAGGCCCUGACCACUAUGGUCACCACAUUCCACAAAUACUCGGGGAGAGAGGGUAGCAAGCUGACCCUGAGUAGGAAGGAACUAAAGGAGUUGAUCAAGAAGGAGCUGAGUCUUGGGGAGAUGAAGGAGAGCAGCAUUGACGACCUGAUGAAGAGCCUGGAUAAAAACAGCGACCAGGAGAUUGACUUCAAGGAGUACUCGGUGUUCCUGACCACGCUGUGCAUGGCCUACAAUGACUUCUUCCUGGAGGACAACCAAUGACUGGGGCUCCCCUCUGCCCUCUCUGUUUGCCACAGCUGUUGACCUCUCUAGCUCCUUUGAGGACCCUCUUUGGCCCCUGACCCUCCUCUUCCUUCCUGAUAGACUCUUCCAGCAGAGGCAAUAAAGAUUUUCCAUCUUAAGUGUCUGG